AGCAGCCACCUUCUAAACUGUGGGCCCCUCUGGGGGGGACCUGGACCCCCGGUAUGGAGGAGCGGUGCCAGGUGCUGCAAGGCAGUGGCUGCUGCUGAGAAAGAAGCCAGGCAGAGGCAGCCAUGGGUGGCCUCGAGGGUUCUGGGAACCGCCAUGUUGGUGGCAGUUGUCAGUUACUCUGUGGGUCCCCUGGUCCUUCCCUGUGAAGUCCCACUGAGUAGUCCAGCCCAGUCACGCUGAGCCGGGCAACUGAAGGAAGGGUCUGUGUUCAAGGUUAGGUCAGAGAGGCUUAUGACCUAGGGGGUGAUGACAGCAGGGAGGACCCCACCUCGAGGAAAAAGGGGGAGCCAGAUAUGAUUGCCGCAGACCUCCCGUGUGAAGAAUCUCCCUCCCUGCGGCCAGCCCUGGAGAGUCAGCGCCAGUGACCCUGCAAAUGGAGGUGGUGAGGAGCAGUAGGAGGCAGAGGGGCCCCCACUUUGUGACUAGAGGCUGUCACUGGAAAUGAUGUGGAAUCAACAUGAGGACUGACUCCCCAGGGUCAGGGAUGGUGCCUUGAGCAACUGAGCUCCAGGAGAAGACCCAGCCCCUCACCGCGCCAGACCGGCCAGAAAGCGGGAGCCUCGGCUGACCCAGCCCUCGCCGCGUCUCCGCUGUCUCCGGAGAGGCUUGCUCCGAGAAGGGAGGCCUCCCCGCUCUGCCUCAUGUUUGGGGGCUGGCGCUGACUAUGCUCCUGUGUCAGCUGAGUCUCAGCUGCCUGCUGCUGCUGGGGCUGGUGGCCUGCACCGGGCCCGGGGAGCCCGAGCGGCUGGAAUUCGCCCUGCCGCCCGCCCGCUACGAGGCGGAUGUCUUCCGGGAGCCCCAGCCGCUGCUCUUCGGGCUGGCCCGCGGCUUCCUCCACGUGGUCCUGCCCGGGGCCCUCCCGGAAGAUGCUAUAAGAAGAAUACUGCAAAAGAGGCUUGACUUCAUAUAUAAUUCUAAAAAGCCAGAACAUGUGUACUUGAUUGUACAGAUUGUCGUAGGCCAACUUGGAGUUAUUUUUUGUGCCGGCCUGGGUCUGCUCUUUGUGAUUCUGAUGCCUUUGGUGGGCAUCUGCUUCGGGGUGUGUCGCUGCUGUAACAAGUGCGGUGGCGAAAUGCACCAGCGACAGAAGAAAAACGGGCCCUUCCUGAAGAAGUGCUUCGCCAUCUCCCUCUCGGUGGUCUGUGUAUUUGCAAGCUUUGGCAUCUUAUGUGGUUUUCUGGCCAACCAGCGCCUCCGGACACAGAUCAAGAAGACUGGGAAUCUCGUAAACAGCAACUUCAAAGACAUGAGAACUCUCCUGAAUGAAAUUCCAGAGCAAAUCAAAUAUGUGACAGACCAGUUCAAAUCCACCAAGACAAGGGUGUUCUCCGACCUGGACGAUAUUAAGACCCUGCUGGGAGGUGGGAUUCAAGAGCCACUAAGACCUAGAGUGAUGCCCGUUCUGGAUGACAUCAUGGCCAUGGCAAGAGUAAUCACAAAGACCAGAGGCGCCCUGGUGAGCUUGAACAAGACCUUAGAAGACCUGAAAAUCGCCAACGCACAGCUCAUGGCCAGCCUGCAGGACGUCAGGCAGAAGGUGGAGGACUCGCUCAACGACCCCAUAUGCUUCCAGCAGUCGGGGGCCGCGGCGUGUGAGGGCAUCAGACGGUCCCUCAGCCAGCUGGACGGCAACGCCAACCCGGGUCAGCUCCCAUCUUUAGAUAAACACAUCGAUACUAUUAAUGAUGUUCUUCAAACGGAUUUGUCUGGCCUGGUUCAAAAGGGCAAUAAAUCCUUUAAUGAUAUACCUGAGAUGGUGCAAGAUGAAACCAUGGACAUCAUAUUAGAUGUCAAAAGUAAAUUGAACUCCCUCAGUUCAGAUAUUGACAAAGUGACUCAACAGCUCCCUUUGCAGGAUAAGCUGUCCCUUUAUUUGGAUUACCUGAAUCACACUGAAACUUACUUCGACCACUAUUUACCCUUAGUGGAAAAAUAUGAUUUGUACAGGUGGCUGGGCAGCCUGAUCAUCUGCGAGGUGCUGACCAUCGUGGUGGUCUUCUAUUGCCUGGGCUUGCUGUGUGGCACGCUGGGCUAUGAGCCCAAGGCCACCCCGGCCAGGCGAGGCUGCAUCUCCAACACCGGCGGCAUCUUCCUCAUGGUCGGGGUCGGACUCAGCUUCCUCAUCUGCUGGAUAAGCAUGGCCUUCGUGGUCCUCACUUUCGUCGUUGGUGGAAAUGUGGAAAAGUUGGUCUGUGAGCCUUACCACAACAGGAAGCUAUUCCAGAUUGUGGAUACACCAUAUUUGAUAAAUGAGAAAUGGAAAUACUAUCUCUCUGGCCUGGUUUUAAACAACCCAAAUAUUACCCUCACUUUUGAACAAGUUUACAGUGACUGCAAAAAGAACAGAGGUAUUUAUGCGACCUUGAAGCUGGAGAACAUGUACAACAUCAGUGAGCAUCUCGACAUUCGGAAGCAUACCGGCAGGAUAAACAAGGAAUUUGAAAAUCUGAAAAUAAAUGUUAACAAUAUCAUUCUUCUGGAUGACACAGGAAGAAAAAACCUUCUGGAUUUCAGUUCUUCAGGAGUCAACAAACUAGAUUAUCGCGCCUACCUGGCUGAGACAAGUAAAACUCCCACAAAGGUGGAUCUCUUAUCAUCUGCCAAAGAUCUAGAUGCGAAAGUCAGAACGUUGCCCCCUGGAAGCUUGAAAGACUCUCUAAAAAUCAACGUGCAAACCCUUAGAAAUCUUCACCGUGACCAAGUCAUUCCUUUGCAACAAACCAUGGACUCUGCACACCGAGGCGUGAAGGAGCUUCAGCAACUGACCAGUGGCAUGGAGGCAAAGGUGACGAGCAUCCUGGCCUCCUUGGAUUCCAUCCAGGACUUCAUCACGAGCCGUAUUUCCUCUAUUAUUGUGGAAGAAAGCAAGAAGUAUGUGGAGACGAGAAUAAUAGGGCGCUUUGAACGUUACCUGCAGUGGGUCAAGGGUGCUAUCACAGAGCAGAUGGCCUCCUGCAAACCCGUGGCCAACGCUUUAGAUUCUGCUGUUGACAUCUUCCUGUGUAGCUACAUUAUUGGCCCCACGAAUCUCUUCUGGUUUGGCAUAGGAGAAGCUACUUUUUUUUUAACCCCGGCUCUAAUUUUUGCCGUGAAGCUGGCCAAGUACUAUCGUUGCAUGGAUUCGGAGGACGUGUAUGAAGACUCUCCUGUGCCUGAGGCUUCGAGCUUCACUCUGUAGCUGGUCCUCACUAGUUUGCACUGGGCUUUGUAGUCCGCCUCCUCUCUGUCUGCUGAACUUCUGUGCUUCAGUUUCACUGCACGCAUCUCCUCAACAUGCUUCUGCAUCUGGAUCCUUGGGAGCCUUACCAGAGUAAAAUGGGGGUGCCAGGGGGAAGCUGUUGAUGGUAAUGGUCAUUUUUUAAAAAAUUGUAUUUCCCUUUUUUGUAUUUUGUAGUUUUGAAACUGCACCUGUGAAAAUGUAAGUCUUCCUUUUUUAUCAUAAUCAUAAAGUGAGACUGGAAGCCUUUAUUGUUACAUGAAGGCUUUUAAAAUGACAUUGAUAAGAGCAUUAAAUUACAAAACGAUAGUAUGUCCAGCUAAAAAUAAAUGCCAAUGUCUCUUACAAUGAGCCCAGGCACAGAGGGGACUGUAGAAAGAGUUGCUGAAUUAGGAAAUACUUUACAUGUGAGCCUUGUUAACCUACAAAAUGGAUGUGUUGAUACUUGGCUUUUAAAGGCAACAAAAUGUAAAUUGUUAGCUUCUUUGCUGAUUUACCAAAUUGUCACAUACUUUUCAUGACCGUGCAUUGUCUUUGUAAUGCAUGGUGUGAAGAUUUCAUCUUAGAGACAACGUGAGCUUUUUGUUUUGUUUUGUUUUGUUUGACCUAUUUAUUUUUGUUGCAGUAUGAUAAAUGGUAAUAUUGAUUUUCAUAGACAUCACCCCAACCAGACUGUGUGAACAAAGUCUCUCCACUCUGCAGGAGACUUUGAUCCGCAGUGUCGUUACAUACUGGAAGAGAAACCUUCCCUCGGGACGUCCCAGAGUUGUCCCAGAGUUGAGUGACCGGUCUGGGGCCCGGGAGCAAGGGCAGGUGCCAUGAUCGCUCGCUCAUCUCCCAAGUUUUGCUCUCACCUGCGUCCUCGCCCUGGUGAAGACUUCUUCGGGCAGCGCGCGUGUUAAUUUCCAGUGGGGUCUUUGGAACCCGACCCGAGUUCUGUCGCGUUUCAUUACACAAGAUGCUGGACUUGCAGUGCAGUUUCAGCAGAGAGCAGAUGUGUGUGUCACAAUAAAGGAUGGCUUC